AUGUAUUCUGUCUAUAUGCUUGAGGGGGAUGCCCACGAGUGGUGGUACAAUGCAUCUCGCCCUUUUACUAUUCAGGGGGAAGAAUUAACUUGGGCAUUAUUUGAGAGAUUGUUUCAUGAGGAGUAUUUUCCCAGGGAUGUUCGGGAAGAUAAGCAGGGUGAGUUUGAUAAAUUGGUACAGGGUACCACGACUGUUGAUGCCUAUGUGGCGAAAUUUAAUGAGCUGGUUAAGUUUGCAAACUACGGGGGUAUGCUGCCAGCUCCUGAGAUUUUAUCUUCUAAAUUCCAGAGGGGAUUAAAUGAGAAGAUUGCCAAAAGAAUGUCUAAUACUGCUGUAAGGCAGCCUCCAGGUAAGUUCAAGAGGGGUGGUGGUCAGAGAAGUGGGUUUAAUGACCGAAAUUCUAAUCCUCGAUGUGAGAAGUGUAAGAGGUAUCAUCAGGGGCCUUGUACUGCAGCUCCGAAUUCUUGCUUCAAAAGUGGUAAGGUUGGGCAUUUUGCCAAAGAUUGUUACAGUAAUACGGGGCAGGCUGCGAAUCUGCAGUCCUUGCCAUCUGCUCCUACCGUUGGACGGGUUUAUACUACAAAUGUGCAGCAAACAGAGAAGGCACCUAAUCUGGUUAAAGAUGUCUUUGGAGGUAGGAUGGAUGAAUUUGAGUGCUUACGGAUUGAAAAUGAAUUACAUGAGAAGAUUAAAGAAACGCAAAUACGGAACGAUAGUAUCAAGUAUUUGAAAGGGCAGAGAGGGAUAUCUUUGAAUGAACAGGGGUUAUUAUUGUAUCAACGCAGAAUUGUUGUGCCUAAGGAGUUAGCAUAG